AUGCCCCCUAGAGACUUUCCCUCUGCUACAUCCGAAAUUAGGGACCCCCAGGACAACCAGCAAUGGCACAGUGCUCUGCCUGAGUCGCUGAGGCCGAGGUCCUUCCAUGCUCAGUCUCUGAUUCCACUCUGGAGUCGUCUGAAUCAGCCCAUUCUAACAGCCACUAUUGCUCCAAAGAUUCUGAGUGUCAUCUCUGCUGUUAUGGGUGCCAUCCUGGCUGUCAUCGGUAUCAACUCCACUGCUAUUCAACUAAUUCUAUUUUUAUUCUGCACUCCUGCUGUUCAAGUCCCUCCUAAAGGUCUCAACACCCGCACACAAACUGGCAAUUCUAAACCCAAGCAAGUUGACCCAACAAACAUGGCUGAGCCUGCUAUUCCUCGUCAACCCACCCUGAACCAGAAGCAACGGAGUCAAGAGCGCAGCCGCAAAGCAGCCGAAACAAGGAAAGCAAACCUUGCUGCAAAAAGGGCUCAAGCUGCCGCUAUUCCCUCAGAUGGAAGUAAGGAGGAUUCCCAGCCUGGGUCUGCUGAGGGUUCACCAUCUCGCGAUGUCUCUCCCACCAUGUCAGACAGCAAUUCCCAAACAAUGUGCCUGUCUACACUUCCCUCUGAUCCAAAAGCCUACCACAAACAGAAAGCAACUAAAGUGCUCAUGGAACCACUGAUGUGGCAGGGCCUAGCUCCAAAUUAG